GAAAUCCAAAUUGAUAUGAUCAAGAACAUUCUUCAUUCAUCAUUCAUCAUCAAACCAUCAUCAACUUACACUAGAACCAUGUCAACUACUUCAUCAAAACCAAUCGCAAUCUUAGCCAUCAAACCAGAUGGAACUCCAUUCCAAUCAAACUUAUCAUCAUCUUCAUCAUCAUCUCCACAUAUAAAUUCAAUUCAUCAAAACUGGUCUCAUUCAAAUCCAAAAGGAAAACCAUUCGAAACUAGGAUCUUCUAUGGUCCUGAUUCUCUUACGGCUGCAAUCGGUCUGGGUAAAAUUCCAGAAGGAAUUUCUGAUAUUGAAAAAGCUGAAAAAACUAGAAAGUUAUCUGCUAUUGGUGCUAAAUCGAUUAGAGAACAUGCUACUGAAGUCUUAGUGGAUCCUGUUUGGAGUUCUCAUGCUGCUGCUGUUGGUGCAACUCUAUCUACGUUUAGUUAUACCGCCAAAACCAAAAAAGAUGCAUUAGAGAAAACAAAACCAGUGAUCUACAAACCAUUAAAUGAUCAACCCAUUCAAUUAUCAAAUGAAAAAGCUUCAGAUAAGCUCAUCGAAUUGAAUUGGUCAUCUGGUUUAAUCUUUGGUAGAGCUCAAAACUUAGCACGUGAAUUAAUGGAAACUCCUGCCAAUAUGAUGACUCCUACUGCUUUUUGUGAUCGAAUCAAAAAGGAAUUUGAAGGGAUCUCUAAUGUGGAGAUUCAUGUACGUGAUCGAGAAUGGGCCGAGGCAAAAGGUAUGCGAUCUUUCCUCUCGGUGGCUCGUGGAUCAAACGAACCAUGCAAGUUCCUCGAAGUCCACUACAAAGGUAGUUCAGGUUCAGGUGCAUUUCAACCUUCGGUAGCCUUUGUCGGGAAAGGUAUCACCUUUGAUUCUGGUGGGAUCUCCCUUAAGCCAGGUGCCGGUAUGAAAUUGAUGAGAGCCGAUAUGGGUGGAGCUGCUUGUGUGAAUAGUGCAGCUUGGGCCAUCGCAAAACUAGAGAUUCCAAUUGAUUUAAUCGUUUGUACUCCACUGACAGAAAACAUGCCUAGUGGCCACGCGACCAAGCCUGGUGAUAUCAUUUACGCCAUGAAUGGAAAGAGUAUCGAAGUCGAUAACACUGAUGCUGAAGGUCGACUUGUCCUUGCCGAUGCACUUUACUAUGCAUCUUCAGUCUACAAGCCUCGCACAGUGAUUGAUUGUGCUACUCUUACAGGGGCCAUGAUGAUCGCCUUAGGAGAAACAUUCUCUGGGGUAUUCUCCACUUCAGAUAAGUUAUGGAAUGAUUUAGACGCAGCAGGAAAAGCUGAACAUGAUCGAUUUUGGAGAAUGCCAUUUGAUGAUACAUAUAUGGGUCAAAUCGACGGUACCAAUGCUGAUCUUUGUAAUACAGGUGGUCGAACAGCUGGCUCAUGUACUGCUGCGAUCUUUUUACGCGAGUUUGUGGAUGGAUUGGCUUGUAAUGCUACUGGCACCGAAGCUCAAGAAAAGCCUACUGAGGAUACAGUUGCAUAUGCUCAUUUGGACAUUGCUGGCUCAAUGGAAUGCACCAAGCCUGAAGGUUACAAUUUGAAGGGAAUGAGUGGAAGACCUGUUCGUGCUUUGAUUGAGUAUAUUCGACAAGAAGCAGCUGGUCGCGCUUGAAUGAUUUAUGUAUAGUUAAAUCACUUGUUUUUGUAAACCCAGAAAAUAAAUAUGGAUGUUCAACCUGAUCAUGAGGCUAUAAACUUGAUUCCAUAGUUUUGAGCUACUAUUUACUAUUCAAAAGUUCAAGAUAUCUUUAUUACAACAUGUCCC